UAGGGAGAGGCGCAUUCACGUGACCCACGCCGGGGUUAGAUCCGCUUAGCGGCUGCGACUUAUUGUUUCUUCUCGGGGGUCAGAGGUCACCGGGGCGGUGUGUGACAUAGCUCCGGUGCAUGUGCGGAAACAACAUGUCUGUGCCGCUACUCACCGACGCUGUGACCGUCCCCGGAGGGGAGCGAGAGACGGCGGCGGUGAUCUUCCUGCAUGGGCUGGGGGACUCCGGACAUGGCUGGGCUGAGGCACUAUCUGCUAUUAAAUUGCCCUAUGUGAAGUACAUAUGUCCACAUGCACCUCGUAUUCCCGUAUCACUGAACAUGAAGAUGGUGAUGCCAGCUUGGUUUGACUUAAUGGGCCUAAGUCCGGACGCUCCUGAAGAUGAAGCAGGAAUUAAGAAGGCUGCAGAUAGCAUUAAGAGCAUCAUUGAGCAUGAGGUAAAGAAUGGAAUUCCGGCAAAUAGGAUUGUCCUUGGUGGAUUCUCUCAGGGAGGUGCUCUAUCUUUGUAUACAGCGCUGACCUGUCAACACAAACUUGCUGGAAUAGUUGGGCUCAGCUGUUGGCUGCCGCUACACAAGACAUUCCCUCAGGCUGCAUGUGGCGUAAAUAAGGACAUUUCUAUCUUGCAAUGUCAUGGGGAAGCAGAUCCUAUGAUUCCUGUCCGCUUUGGAACACUCACCUCAGAGAAACUGAAAUCUGUGGUGAACCCAUCAAAGGUUCAUUUCAAAACAUAUCCGGGAGUCAUGCACAGCACUAGUCAAGAGGAAAUGAUGUCCGUGAAAGAUUUCAUGGAGAAGGUGAUCCCACGAGUAUAACUUGCAGAUGGUUUCACUGCAGAAACAUGCCACUUGGCACCACCUCCAGUGUUUCUUCCCGGAGCCCAAAUCCUCUUACCCCACCUCUAUCCCCCAAACUGUGCUGAUUUAUGACAAAAGUAUUCUGUCCUGCCAGAUGUGAUUGGAGUUAUUUAAAGGUACAGUGUGGGGGUUGCUGCUCCUACACCCAUUCCAUUAUUCCUGCCUAGAACAGGUCUUCUCAUUGCUGCUGCUUCACAGAUCCUCCUAGUGUUACAUUUCAUAUUCUUCUACGGUCACAGGUUCUCAUCUAGUGACAGGGGAAGCCAACAUAUACCUCAGAGGAGCAGCUGAGUAUUGAGAUAUGUGAAUUUGCCUUAUACACUCCGUCCUGUCAGGAGCAGAGCUCAGGCCCACUACAGCUGGUACUGUGCCCCAAUUUAGGUAUUUUUCACAGCCAUUUGCCCAGCUCCAGAUAGACGUUAUGUUUUUGGCCAUGUUCUCUGAGCUCAAACUAGGGACUUGAAAGGUACAGCAUGCACUGGGGAAAAGAGCAGUGUUCCUACUUAAGCAGCAUUACAGUCAAAUUUUGUUUUUCUAUUCACAAUAAAAAGCCUUCUACCCUU